GACGCUGUCGGAUAAGCCAGCUUUAAAAGCAACUGAAACGCUUAGCUGUCAUAAGAUAUACUGUCUACAGAGUGACUUACAAGGAAUAGUGCACUGCAGACACCUAGCAAAACACCUUACAACUUUGACCGGAAUAACGUUUGAAGAACAGGUAAAUUCGCAAGUAGCCAAAGUAAGCAUAACGAUGAGUAAAGAUAGCGCAGUGGACAUGAAGGACGUGGAGUUAAACGAGAUGGACCUGGAGAAGCAGCCGAUGACGGCUGGAGAGGUUGGAAGCGGAGGGACCGAGAAAAACGGCUGCGUCAAGGUGAAGGUCCCGGAGGAGGCUGAUGUCAAAUUCACUGGUCUUUCCAAAGAGGAACUAAUGAAAGUCGCAGGGACUCCAGGGUGGGUCCGCACGCGUUGGGUUCUACUGGUUUUGUUCUGGCUCGGCUGGCUUGGGAUGCUGGCCGGAGCCAUUGUCAUCAUUAUCCAGGCUCCUCGGUGCAAACCUCUCCCCAAAAUGGACUGGUGGAACGAGGGGCCCAUUUACCAGGUCUGGGAUGUGGAAGCAUACGCUGGGGCAGCUGGCCUGGCAGGACUGGAGGAGAAAUUGGACAGCCUGAGUCAGCUGAAGGUCAAGGGACUUGUGUUAGGACCUCUUCACACUGUCCAAGCAGACCAGCCAGAAACACUGGACUUUAAAUCACUGGCCCCUGAGAUGGGAACAGAGCAGCAGUUUGAGAACUUUGUGGGAAAGGCUCACAAGAAAGGAAUCUCAGUGGUACUGGAUGUGACUCCCAACUACAGUGGAAACAAGCCCUGGUUUAAUGCUGACGAUGUUGCUGGGACUGCUGAGAAGCUCAAGGAGGCCAUACCGUACUGGAUUCAGGUUGGAGUGGAUGGGAUUCAGGUGGCUGGAUUUGAACAGGUCGUCAGUGAGGCUCCAGCCAUGUGGGAAAAUGUGAAGGAAAUUGUGCAGGCCAACAGAACAGAGGGGGAAAAGAGCAGGGCUGUGAUAGGGGUGACAGAGAAGACUUCGGCCAUAGACGUGGCGGCCCUGCUGGAGGGCUCUGGCGUGGACCUGCUGCUCUCUGGCGUUCUGAAGCCCGGGCAGGCUGGCAGCGUGCGGGCAGAGGCCAUCCAGCAGCUCUACGGCUCGCACAACCAGACCAGCCUGGGCUGGAGCCUGGGCAGCAGGACCGAGGGGCAUCUGGCCUCCCUCGUCGGGUCCAAACUGGUCCGGCUGUACCAGCUGCUCCUCUUCACCCUGCCAGGAACUCCGGUCUUCAGCUAUGGAGAUGAGAUCGGCCUUGUGGGACAGAAUACACCAUACCCUAAGAUGCUUUGGGACCCAGCUGAGCCUGUAGAAGAGAAGAACGAGACCUUAAAGAGCGAAAGAGAGCAGAGGCUGUCCUGCCGGUCCUUCUUUAAGACCUUGAGUGACCUGCGUGGGAAGGAACGCUCCCUCCUGCACGGGGACUUCCUGCCGCUCCACAACGACACCACCUCCUUGGCCUUCUUGCGCCAGUGGGACCAGAGCGAACGUUUCAUAGCUGCCGUCAACUGGGGUACUGGGCCCGCCACGCUGCGUCUGGUCAGUUCAGACCUGCCAGCCGAAGCCACAGUGAAGCUCAGCACAGAUCCCGACAAACUUGUUCCAGAAAGUUCCGUGAACCUGGACCAGCUGGUCCUGGAGGGCCAGCAGGGCGUGCUACUGCAGUUCCCCUUCGCUGCCUAGCCAGUGGACUGAACAACAUGUGGGCGGUGGCAGAAGGGGGGGGGGGGGGUUCCGUUUCUUUUUUUCUUCCAGGCACUGAUAUCCUUAGAAUUUGCUGUGUUUCCUCAUUUGAACAAAUGCUAUGCUCUCCCAGAAGACUGAAUUCUCAUGAUAGGAUAUUUAUGACUGUGGCAGAUGCGGCUGUGCCUGCAUCUGUACACUCCGGAGACCACACAUUUACUUUUUAGGUCAAAUACAGAAGCCAACAUGCCUUUCUCCCUUACCUUAAAGCCACUAGUCCUCCCCUGAUGUUUCGAUACAUUCCAGACAAAAUAAAAAAGGUAGUUACUACAGAAUUUUCUACUGUGUCAUUUUAUAGUUAAAAUUCAUUUUUAAAUAGCGAAAGAUUUUCUCUGGAGCUCAACAAGUACAACUUGUGUUGUUAAAAAAAUGUAUGUUUAGGAACUACUCUACUCAAAACAGUGAAUAGUCUUCAAGAACUUAAAUGAGAAGCUAUGUUGUGAAGUGUUUUGUAACUAUUGUUUCAUACAGAAAAAAAAUGUUUUUCCAACAAAACUGCAUUGUUUCCUUAGCAUUGAUAUGAAACCAAAAAAGUUCAGAAAAGCAAAAAUAAAAGGCAUGAAAAUCUG